UGUUCUCACCGUCGAUCCGACCAUUUUGUUUGUUAUUUUCUAGAUGUACAUUGUAUAAAUUAUCCCUUUGUUUGGUGUGGACAUUGUCAAGAUGAUUGCCAAGGCUCAUUCACCCCUUCGCAUCGCCUUUUUGGAAGCCGAUACUCCGUUGCCACAGACAAAGGCCAAGUUCGGAGGAUAUGGCGGUGUGUUUGAAUAUCUUUUGACCGAGGGCGCAAAGGCUUUGAAUCGUCCUGAUCUCAAUCCGGAGACGGGGUUUGAGUUUUCCAGAUACCAGGUCGAGUUGGAACCAGAGAAAUAUCCCAAUCCGGCGGAGAUUGAUGCCAUUUUAGUGACGGGAUCAAAACACGAUUCAUUUGCCGAUACACCAUGGAUCAAUAAAUUGGCCGAAUUUGUGGAGAUGAUUCUGAAUGAGACCAACGUGAGGGUGAUUGGAGUGUGCUUUGGACAUCAGAUUAUUGGGCGAGCAUUGAAGGCUCAAUUGGGUCGAAACCCUCAGGGCUGGGAGGCCGCCGUCAACAAAGUACAAUUGAGUGAUCGAGGGAGGGAGCUCUUUGGCGUGGACGAGCUGAACAUCCACCAAAUGCACCGAGAUAUCGUGUUUGAAUACCCACCUGGUGUCGAGUCAUUAGGCUCGUCGUCCGUGUGUCAGGUUCAAGGCAUGUAUGUGCCCAAGAAGCUCAUGAGCGUGCAAGGGCAUCCCGAGUUUAACGAACAGAUCAUGACGGAGAUCAUUGCGACACGACAUCAAAUGGGAAUCUUCAAUGACGAGGCGUUUGCGGAGCACAACUCCAAGGUUGCAUUACCACAUGAUGGGUUGGUGGUUAGUCAGGCGUUUUUGAAAUUCUUGUUGGACUAGAGAAUUUCCAUCCAGGUCGGUUUUGUCGCUCACAGCCAUACAAUCAAUAUCUAUGCAUACAUCCCUUGCCCGGGUCAAGAGUCGUUUUGCC